AACUCGAAUCUUGAUGAUAAUGGCUGUUUACUGUAGGAACCAGCUGCCGAACAGCCACUUUCAAAAUAAUUGAGAAAUCUAUAAAGAACGAGUAACAGAACUCAACAUUGGAGUGCUGUACAUUUUCAAGUUUGUUAAAAGUGUUUUUUUCAGUGAUUAAAAAAAACGAACGCCCAAGUAGGUAUGUUCAGAAUUAAGUUAAAAUGUUUGAAUCUAUUCGCGUACAAAUCGUUGAUGAACAUUCUCAAAUAUCAGAGGAGCAAAAUCACUAUAAACUAUCAUCCAGAUGUUGCUGCCCGGUCAAAAAAUAUCGGGUUUACCCAAAUGAUGAGUUUGUCUAUUCCUUUUUUUGGAUAUAAUGCGGUCAAAGAAGAUUCUGAAUCCGACGUGAAUGCCAAACUCGACUUCAAUAAGAAGUUGGAAGAAGCCGAUCAGCUGUUUCUCGAAGACAAAUAUGAAGACGUCGUCAAUGUCUUAGACGAAUAUAAGAACUCGAACGAUGUCCAAGUGCUUUGGCGUUUGAGUCGUGCUUUGUACAACAUGAGUUUGGCAGAAGACAUUAAUGAAGACAAACGUAAAAAUUUGAUAUUGAAUGCUCACCAAUUGAUUUUGAAAGCCCUGAGUAUUGAUACAAACAUUUUCGAGGUUCAUAAAUGGGCAGCCGUUUUAAUCGACGAACACAGCGGUAUUAUAGGGAUCAAAGAGCGAAUUAAGUCACUGGAAACUGUAAAAUAUCACAUGGAAAGAGCGUUGGAGUUAAAUCCAAAAGAUCCGACAAUACGGUACAUGAUUGGUUACUGGUGUUAUUCAGUUGCCGACAUGCCCUGGUAUCAACGGCAAAUAGCGGCUACUCUAUUCGGUGCAUCCAUUCCUGUAUCUUCUUACGAGGAAGCCUUGGCUUACUUCAGAGAAGCUGAAAAGUUGCAACCAUUAUUCUACAGUAAAAAUCUUCUAAUGUUGGGCAAGACAUUUUUGAAAAUGGAUUCCAGUUUUAGCGCCGAGUACUAUUUAAAAUUGGUAGUUCAAUAUCCUGCCAAAACGGUGGAAGAUCACCAGGCAAAGAAAGAAGCGGCCAAACUACUGAAGUCUUCGUUUGGUUAUUAACAAAUUUGCAAUAAUUGUUUAUUAUUGUAAUACCUGCUAUUUUGUCUUUUUUUUUUUUUUUGUCGUUAAAAAUUAUUUUUUUUCAACAAAUAUUAUCUUUUUUACGUCGAAUAUGUUUUAUCACUAGAUUCUUGUAUCGAUGUGUUAAUAAUUGACAGUUUUAAACGGUUUUAGUUUAUCAUUUUCUAUGAUAUUUUAUUUUGCUUAUUCACAGAGUUAAUUGACUUCGUAUUUGCACAAAAUAAUUAUUAAUUCCUCUAUGCUUAAGAUAUUACUGAUAUAAUUUGUAAUAACUAUUUUUUUUUUACGCUUAAUUAAAGAGUAACUCUUAAAGAAUUACUCUUAAUUACUCAUUGUGACUUUUGUCAAGAUAGGUAAAUAAAUUUGCCUAAGUAGCUUAUCUAAACAUUGUAAUACUAGAAUACGGGUAGGUAGUCCUUCAAUUUGAUUUAAGAUCUAUUUUGAUUAAGUAUUAUAAUUUAUAAGUAUAGCGAGACACCUUAAAAGUUGUUUUCGUUUUUAAUUUAAAACUUUUGUGUUCCUGUUUACAAAAAUUAUCUAGUUAGUAUUUUAAGUGAUUUUCGUUUUUUUUUUGGCUGUGUAUCUAUUUACUAUUAUGUUUUCAUCCUAUCGUUUUAAUUUUUAAUUUUGUACUAGAUACUCAUUAUUAUUAUUUUUUUUUAAUAUCAUUUAAGUUAAGUUAAAUUAUUGUUUUUUUAUUUUUUUGCUUCCUAUGACGGUUUGAAAUACAAUUAAUAAAACCUCUUAAGUAACGCUUUGAAAACUGCAAAUGUAAUUAAUUUCUUCGCCUCAUUCCAGACAAAUCUGAUUCCACAUACAUAGUUUUUAGAUUACAUACAAUUACACAUUAUUUUUUUUAUACAUAA